CUCUGAAUCAAUGCCUGUCCAGACGGGAGAAGCUCGGCCAGAGGAAGAGGCAGUCCCCCCCCACCGAGAGGACCCUCCAGCGGGCGGCGGUGCGUCUGCUCGGACGCCUCUGCUCUCGGCGACCGGAGCGUCGCUCCAGACCACGUCUUUGACUGAGAGGGGGGGUUUGACUCAUGAGCCUGCGGUUGCUUCUGUGCCCGAAGACACCGAAGACUUCCAGAAAUCUGGGGCCGACGGGACUUCAGAAACCCCUUUGGUCGUCGCUGAGACUCUACAGUCGGAAGGAGAAGAUGCUGAAGACAUUUUAGAGGAUAUAGUGGAGGUUUCCACAAAGGUCUCUGACUCAGUUACCCACAAACCCUUUGGUGUGAUGGUUGAAGAAGAGAAAACUGUCCCAGAAGAUGAAAUCAUUCCCGAAGAUCUGGAUGCACCUUACUCCGAACUGAUUAAAGAAGUUACCCCACCAGGCGAGGAGCCACCCUCGGACAUCAUGGCCGAAGAAGUCCUCAUAGAAACUACUAUUGUGGUUCCUACAAACCCUGAAACACUGGAAGACUUAGGACAGGACGUUUCCCUGGAGCAAGUUGUGAUGGAGCAUACCCCAGAGACAGGUUUCGAGGUUGUUGAGGACGCAGAAGUUGAAGAAAUUCUGGACAAAUCUUUCGAUAUCACCCCAGACGUAGCCUUGACUUUGGAGGAACAGACAACCGAUGAUCCAGAAACCGUUGAGGUAGAAAUUCUCGAAGGACCCGAGGCGUUUGCAGAAGAAAGCCAAGAGGAAACCAAAGUCAGCAUGGAUGCAACUCCAACUGUAUUUCUGAUUUCAGGUUCAGAAGAAGAAGAAAUGCUUAAAGAUGUGAGUCCAGAACUAGAAUCUGUCUCUGACAUGAAAACAGAGGGUCCUUCGCAGGCCUCGAUUCUGACGACAACAGACGAGAUAGCAUUAGAUGUUCGUGAACCAACACCAAUGUCUGGGCCUGUUAACUUACAGGACGAAGACCCAGAGCAAAUGCCCCUAACAGAUGAAGAGAUAGAAGACAAAGAAGAAGACACUUUAGUGGUUUCUGAAGAUAAGACAACCCAAGAUUUUGAAAUGGAGUCCACUGACAUGAUAACAACAACAACGGACACAUGUAACUGAAGCUGAAGAAGACUUAGCAGUUGAAAAAGAAGACAAAAUCCUCCAAACAACAGA